AUGCACAUGAAUUCCUGCCUCCUACUGGCCAUCACCACCACCGCCACCUUCGCACAGGACUACCCAUGCGUCGAUGCUAAAUUCCAAGCAUGCCAAUAUAACAUGGCAAUGCAACUGGGUCUCAAUGACACUGUUUCUGCUCAGCUCUUCAAGGAUUAUACCAUCAUGUACAACUACUUUUUGUACAUGUUCGGAAGAAAUCCGGGACAAACUGCCGAUAUGUUGACGGUGUGCAACAGCCUUGAAACUUUCAAUCUGUGCAUGCACGGAAAUCGCGGAUGUCUGGAUAUCUCGAAUUUGAUCAAGAAGACCGAUAUUAAUAAUGCUUACGCCACAGAGGCCACCUACCGACAAUACUCGUCCUUCAACUGUGGACCCGGAAUUAAUACCCUUGAACACGAAGGACUCACCUGCCCACAACGUGUCCUUAACACUCAAGCCAACAUUCUUCAAGGAUGUGUCCAGACCUACAUCACCAACGUCGCUAACGAUGGAAUUAAUGGAUGCAAGUAUGGUCAAGACCUCAUGAACUGCUGGUCAGCCCCAUUCCAAACUGCUUCAUGCCGUCGUGAGAACGGAGUUGCCACCUGGUGGGCAUGCGAACAAAACAAGGUUUUCGUCAAGACCACCUUCCCAAGUUGCCCAUUGGCAUGCGAUGAAAAAUUCGGACCAUUCUUUGGUGCAAGUGCCAAUUGGCUCGAUACUCACCAUAAAGUCGUUGACGGAGAACACUGGUUCAAAAUGCCGGAUACUGUAGAGAAGCACGGCAACGAGCUGGUUACUGUCGAUGGAGUUUGGCUGAAAUAA